GACCUAAGGGCAGACACAUCAGUUGGAGCUCAAUUGUUGAUCAGAUCACAUCUAAGGGAUUUAGGAGCACAGAAGAGCCGAGAUUUGAGGAAAGACACCCCACUGAAUCCUGCCACACUCCUCCUCCUCCUCCUCCAUACCUAGGGUGCAAUAUAUAUCUGACAGAAAGAAAUCAGAAAGAAAAAAGAAAAUUAUCGGCUCGAUUUCUUUCCUCUCGCCCUGCCUGACUCCAGUAAAGAGCGGGGGGGAGGAAAAAAGAAAGAGAGAGAGAGAGAUCCAGAGAAGCCCGGGUUUGUUCCGCUCCCCUCCCCGGCUCUUCAGCAGGCUCCCUCCUCCCACUUUUUUUUUUUUUUUUUUUUUUGGUAUAAUUCCUUCCCCCCCCCCUUCCCCCCUCCUCUUUUUUUUUAUAUCUCUGCCGCUUCUGCUGCCGCCACCAGUGCUGCUGCCGCCGCCUCUGUGCCCGGGCCCCGGAGAUGUCCUUCCCCCAGCUGGGCUACCCGCAGUAUCUCAGCGCCAGCCAGGCGGUGUACGGGAGCGACCGGCCCGGGGUGCUGGCCGCCGCCGCCGCAGCCGCCGCCGCCGCCGCUGCCGCCUCGGGCCGGCCCGCGGGCGCCGAGCUGGGCAGCGGCUCGGCCGCUGUCACCUCGGUGCUGGGCAUGUACGCCAGCCCCUACAGCGCCCCCAACUACAGCGCCUUCCUGCCCUACACCGCCGACCUCGGCCUCUUCUCCCAAAUGGGCUCCCAGUACGAGCUGAAAGAUAAUCCGGGUGUCCACCCUGCUACCUUUGCUGCCCACACUGCCCCCGCCUAUUAUCCCUAUGGACAAUUCCAAUACGGGGACCCGGGGCGGCCCAAAAAUGCCACCCGGGAGAGCACCAGCACCCUCAAGGCCUGGCUCAACGAGCACCGCAAGAACCCCUACCCCACCAAGGGCGAGAAGAUCAUGCUGGCCAUCAUCACCAAGAUGACCCUCACCCAGGUCUCCACCUGGUUCGCCAACGCCCGCCGGCGGCUCAAGAAGGAGAACAAGGUGACCUGGGGCUCCAGGAGUAAGGACCAAGAAGAUGCAAACCUCUUUGGGAGUGACAAUGAGGGGGACCCCGAGAAGAAUGAAGAUGAUGAGGAAAUUGACCUGGAGAGCAUAGAUAUAGAUAAAAUCGAUGAGAAUGAUGGGGAGCAGAGCAAUGAGGAAGAGGAGGAGAAGCCUGAGCUCCUGAGACAAAGCAGUGAAGAGGAGCAGUUGGAAAAGGAGAAGGAUUUGGCACUGUCAGGGUCUGAAGGGCUGAAACCCAAAGACGCUCUGACCAUGGUGAAGGAGGCCUCUGACAAUAGUACAAGAAUCAUCAGUCCUGGGGGACCGAAUAAUUUACAGAUGCCAUCUCACAGCAAACCCAAGAUUUGGUCUUUGGCAGAGACGGCAACCAGUCCUGAUGGUGCCCUGAAAUCUUCUCCUCCUCCGCCCCCUCCUCCCCAGGUUAACCACACUUCUCAGAUUCAGCACCCUGCUUUUCUCCCUAGCCACGGACUCUACACGUGCCAGAUUGGCAAAUUUCACAACUGGACAAAUGGGGCUUUCCUCACUCAGAGUUCCCUUCUAAAUGUGAGGUCCUUUUUGGGAGUAAAUCACCACCAUGCUGCUCAUCACAAUCACCACCUCCAGGCCCAGCAACAAUCUUCUGUUUUAACAGCAACCCUGGGAGCGCUAAGCAGUGACAAACCUUCAGAGAGGACCAGUCCCAAACACAGAGAAAGAGAAAAUGUACCAAGAACUGACUCCCCACCCCAGCCGCUAAAAUCGCCCUUCCAGCCUGUCCGUGACAACUCUUUGGCUCAGCAAGAGGGAACACCGAGAAUUUUAACAGCUCUCCCUUCUGCUUGAUUAAAUGAUUUGGUGAAAAAAUAUUGCAGAGACUGGUAUUAAGGACAGAGAGAGUGAAAAAAAAGGAAACGGUAUAAA